UUCAGUUUUAAAUUCCGGAUUUUAAACACCAUUAAUUGUAGAAUAAACCUGAAGGAACUGAUUCUGGAUCAGUAUCCUUACUUUGGAAAUUCCCUGAGAAAGGUCUGGAAGAACCCAGAGGGAUUAUUGUUUAUAUUCGAUGGUUUAGAUGAAUUCAAACACAAAAUCGAUUUUGCGGACUGUCGGAGAGCUACAGAACCCAAGCACCAGUGCCCAGAUCCCGAGUGGUGGUGUGAACUGUCUGACAUUGUGUACAGUUUAAUCCAGGGCAAGCUGCUCCCAGGGUGUUCAGUGCUGGUGACCACCCGCCCCACUGCGUUACGUUUAUUGGAAAAGGCAGAGAUCGGUAUCCGGGCUGAAAUCCUGGGAUUCGUUGAUGAGGAACGGAAGGAAUAUUUCAUCAGACAUUUUGAAGAUCAGACGGUGGCGGAAGCUGUUUUCAAACACGUGAAGGACAACGAGAUCCUGUACACCAUGAGCUACAACCCCUCCUACUGCUGGAUCCUCGCUCUGGCACUGGGUCCCUUCUUCACACAAAGAGUCAGGGACCCACAGCGAGUUCCCAAGACUAUCACCCAACUGUACUCCUACUAUAUUUACAACAUCCUGAAAAACCACAGCCGUGAGAUUGAGAACCCCCGUGAUGUGUUACUCAGGGUUGGUCAGAUGGCCUUCAGAGGAGUGUCCGAGAAGAAGAUUGUGUUUACAGAUGGAGAUUUGAUCAAGUACAAUCUGCAGCCUUCCCAGUUCCUGUCAGGGUUCCUGAUGGAGCUUUUGGAGAGAGAGGAUUCUGCCAGGAAUGUGGUGUACACAUUCCCACACCUCACCAUCCAAGAGUUUGCAGCUGCAGUCGCACAAUUCCUGAACCCACAUCCCGUGGAUAUCCUGAAAUUCCUCACUGAAGCCCACAGCACGACAGAUGGGCGAUUUGAGAUAUUUCUCCGUUUUGUUGCUGGACUCUCCUCCCCAAUGACAGCUCGGGGCCUGGAGGAAUUUCUGGGUCCAUUUCCUCUUGAAACAGUCUGCCGGGUGAUUGACUGGGUGAAGGAGGAGGUUAAACGCCAGAGUGAAAACACAGAGAGUGAAGCCGGUAAAAGGAGCCUCCUGAACACAUUACACUACCUGUUUGAGUCUCAGAAUCGUGGGCUGGCUCAGGCCUCACUGGGAUCGGUGGAAACACUUUCGUUCCGUGGAAUGACACUGACUCCGAUUGACUGCGCGGUCCUGUCUCAUGUCAUCGGACUCUGCGAUACAAUAACACACCUCGACCUACAGAAGUGCCACAUUCAGUGUGAAGGAAUCCAGCGGCUGGGACCCGGGCUACACAAGUGCCAGGAGUUGAGACUUGGGCGGAAUGACCUGGGAGAUUCAGGAAUGAAACUGGUGUCUGCGGCUGUGAGGAACCCAGAGUGUGAAAUAAAGAAACUGUGGCUGGACAAUGUCCAUCUCACAGAUUCUGGUGCAGAAGAUCUCGCCUCCACUCUCGGUACAAACACAUCACUGACAGAGCUGGACCUGAGUGGUAAUAAACUGGGAGAUUCAGGAGUGAAACUGGUGUCUGCGGCUCUGAGGAAACCGGAGUGUAAAAUACAGAAACUGGAGCUGGAGGAAGUCGGUCUCACAGAUUCUGGUGCAGAGGAUCUCGCAUCCACUCUCGGUACAAACCCAUCACUGACAGAGCUGGACCUGAGUGGUAAUAAACUGGGAGAUUCAGGAGUGAAACUGCUGUCUGUGGCUCUGAGGAACCCGGAGUGUAAAAUACAGAAACUGGGGCUGGUCUAUGUCGGUCUCACAGAUUCUGGUGCCGAGGAUCUCGUCUCUGCUCUCAGUACAAACCAAUCACUGACGGGGCUGAACCUGAGAUCAAACUCUCUGACAGACCGAUCUGUCCCUGCUCUCCGCCGCUUCAUACUGACCCUCCCGAGCUGUGGGGGAAUCGAUACACUCGGGACUCGCGCUGUGUGUCGCUCGGAGCGGUCCCGCAGUGACGUGUUUCCGCCUGUUGUCCGGCGGGGCAGCUUCCACCGGAUGUGUGUGUUCGAGAGCCCCACGUGA